AUGGAUACGCAGAACCUGUUUGCCUCGCGUUACGAUAUCUGGCGAGUCCUUGACGAGUUGAGAGAUCUCCGUAAUAGCCAGAGUGACCAAGGCGAGCGCCUGGGUCGACUCGAGCGUCGCCGGGACGAGGACGUGAAGAUGAGAAACGUAUGGGGGCCCGCGCCGCUCUCUCCUUUCCCCGCUGCUACAGGUGCUUCGGUGUCUACAGAAACUUCCUACAAUUCGCCCCCGGACGCCUUCAAGGGCUUUGAUCAAGAUCAGCAUCACACUAUGACGAGCUCGUCAGUCGGACUCGACGGAGAGGAUGAGCCACGGCGCGGUACGUCGCGUGCGAAUAGUGUUCGCUUCGACGAGAGUGCGAUUCAUGGCUCUUACGGUCAAGCAGGACGUUCGAGUACCGACCUCCCUCUGCGAACUGGUAGUGGAUUUGGAAGUCAUCCGCUGCUCGAGCGUUCUCUAUCUCAUAGAUCUGAUGGACGGCAGAGUUCUUCCGGACAAUCACAUCACUCAGCACGCACGAACAGCCUGGGCUUGGAUACUAGUCGCCUAAUGAGUUCAGUCUCCUUUAGCGACUCUCCUCUUAUCGCCCCGCCUGUUGGGAUUUUCCUCCUUGGUCCGGUGCCCAGUAUCAUCCGGUGCUGGCUGACGUCGAAUUUCUCAAACGAUUCACUGCUAUACGCAGCUGUCUGCUCGGGAUCGUAUGUUUCGUCCGUGGGCGCGCCACUGAUCCACAUGCUGGGCCUGGAGGCGGAUAUCACACAGGAAGACGGCCAAUCCCAAAUCAAGCUUCCCGUUUACCUCCCAGAUGCCAGUGUUCAUAUGUCGCCCUCUUCACGCUCUUCUAGUCCCGAGGCCCAUCUUCCCACUUUGACAGUUCGAUUCAUAGUGCGCGAGACGGAUACCCUCGAUGACUCCAUCCAGAUCAUCCUUGGAAGCGACGUUUUACGAACCCACAACGCCGACAUUCUAUUUUCACAGGACAAAAUAGCCAUGCUUGAUGACGAACGCAACCGUCUAUCCAUACCACUUGUCCGUCCUGAAAGGGACGGUGUCUUCAAGUCAUUGCGAACUGUGCCACGCCCAUCCGACAUGGGCCCGGCAAGCCACACAAACGGACAUCAGCCUGCCGGAGUAAUUGGCCAACCCACUGAUCAACAGUCAUCAUCGGCUCCUGUGUCGGCCCGCGUAUCCAUCAGCGAGGCCAGCAAGCCCGCCCAACAGGCACAAGGAGGCUCAGCCUCGGACGCCGGGAUUCAGUCUACCCUUCCCACCGCCGCUAGCGACACGUCCUGCAUUUCCGUCGCCAAGCCCGAAGGUCCAUGGAGCUCCUGGCGCCGCGAAUCAAAGCCAGAUCCUAACAAGCAGGCAAAGGAUAAGCGCCCCAUGAAGGUCCUCCGUCCCGCAAAAGUUUCCAACAGGGUGGCAUCGUCAACUUCUGUAACCACUGGCACUGCCGACACGGAUGUUUUGGCAAGCUCUCUUCCCGAUCUGACCCGUGCUACGGGGCAAACACCCCGAUCGUCCUCCGACGGAAGCAACAAGACACGACCGAGUAACCCCGUUGGAGGUGCGUCUGCGUUUGGAUGGUUAAAUUCGGCGGCAUCGGCGUCAAAGACUCAGACUCCGAAGUAA